GUGUUUCUCUUACUCCUGAGUCCAGACACCUCUCUCUGUUCCGUCUAAGCUUGUUUUGCUGGACACUUUUUUGAAGAAGGCAAAGAAAAGGAGUUGCUUGAUGUGAAAGUGAAAUGGACGUAAGAUUUUAUCCACCUCCAGCCCAGCCCGCCGCUGCGCCCGACGCUCCCUGUCUGGGACCUUCUCCCUGCCUGGACCCCUACUAUUGCAACAAGUUUGACGGUGAGAACAUGUAUAUGAGCAUGACAGAGCCGAGCCAGGACUAUGUGCCAGCCAGCCAGUCCUACCCUGGUCCAAGCCUGGAAAGCGAAGACUUUAACAUUCCACCCAUCACUCCUCCUUCCCUCCCCGACCACUCGCUGGUGCACCUGAAUGAGGUCGAACCUGGUUACCACUCUCUGUGUCACCCAAUGAACCAUAAUGGCCUGCUACCGUUUCAUCCACAAAACAUGGACCUACCUGAAAUCACCGUCUCCAAUAUGCUGGGACAGGACGGAGCGCUGCUUCCCAACUCCAUUUCUGUGAUGCAAGAUAUACGGAGCCCAGAAGGAAGUCAGUAUAGCUCCCAUCCUCAGAUGGCGGCCAUGAGACCAAGGGGUCAGCCUGCAGAGCUCAGGCAGCAGCCAGGCAUGAUGCAGCAUGGCCAGCUCACCACCAUCAACCAAUCACAGCUAAGUGCUCAGCUUGGAUUGAACAUGGGGGGAAGCAGUGUCCCCCACAACUCGCCGUCUCCUCCCGGAAGCAAGUCUGCAACUCCUUCACCGUCCAGCUCAGUGCAUGAGGAUGAAGGCGACGAUACCUCUAAGGUCAAUGGUGGAGAGAAGCGACCUGCCUCUGACAUGGGGAAAAAACCAAAAACCCCAAAAAAGAAGAAGAAGAAGGACCCUAAUGAGCCCCAGAAGCCUGUGUCUGCUUAUGCGUUAUUCUUUCGUGAUACUCAGGCUGCCAUCAAGGGCCAAAAUCCAAAUGCUACCUUCGGUGAAGUCUCUAAAAUUGUGGCUUCAAUGUGGGAUGGCUUAGGAGAAGAGCAAAAACAGGUCUAUAAAAAGAAAACAGAGGCUGCAAAGAAGGAGUACCUGAAGCAACUAGCAGCAUACAGAGCCAGCCUGGUAUCCAAGAGCUACAGCGAACCCGUCGACGUGAAGACAUCUCAGCCUCCGCAGCUGAUCAAUUCAAAGCCGCCAUCAGUGUUCCCUGGGCCCAGCCAGGCCCACUCAGCUCUGUACCUAAGUUCUCACUAUCACCAACAACCAGGAAUGAACCCUCACCUAACCACCAUGCAUCCCAGUCUCCCCAGGAGCAUAGCCCCCAAGGCCAAUAACCAAAUGCCAGUGACUGUCUCGAUAGCAAACAUGGCCGUGUCCCCCGCCCCUCCCCUCCAGAUCAGCCCGCCUCUUCACCAGCAUCUCAACAUGCAGCAGCCCCUUGGCACCCAGCUCCCCAUGCAGGUCCAGCCCGCCUUACACUCCCCCACCAUGCAGCAGGGAUUUAAUCUUCCCGACUAUCAGACUAUAAUCAAUCCUACGUCUACAGCUGCACAAGUGGUCACCCAGGCCAUGGAAUAUGUGCGCUCUGGGUGCAGAAAUCCUCCCGCCCAGCCCGUGGACUGGAAUGACUACUGCAGUAGUGGGGGCAUGCAGAGGGACAAAGCACUGUACCUUACCUGAAAAUCCGAACACCUCUUCUUUCCACUGAGGCAUUCAGGGAAGUCUUUUCACCGUGGAUUGCUUUGUGUAGUCAAGGCAGUUCUCCAUUUUAUUAGAAAAAUACAAGUUGCUAAGCACUUAGGACCAUUUGAGCUUGUGGGUCACCCACUCUGGAAGAAAUAGUCAUGCUUCUUUAUUAUUUUUUUAAUCCUUUAUGGACAUUGUUUUUCUUCUUCCCUGAAGGAAAUUUGGACCAUUCAGAUUUUAUGUUGGUUUUUUGCUGUGAAGUGCUGCGCUAUAGUAACUGCCUUAGCAACUAUAGAUGUCUUGGAUAAAAGUCCUGGAUUUUCCAUUGGUUUUCAUAAUGGGUGUUUAUAUGAAACUACUAAAGACUUUUUAAAUGGCUUGAUGUAGCAGUCAUAGCAAGUUUGUAAAUAGCAUCUAUGUCACACUCUCCUAGAGUAUAAAAUGUGAAUGUUUUUGUAGCUAAAUUGUGAUUUGAAACUGGCUCAUUCCAGUUUAUUGAUUUCACAAUAGGGGUUAAAUUGGCAAACAUUCAUAUUUUUACUUCAUUUUUAAAACAACUGACUAAUAGUUCUAUAUUUUCAAAAUAUUUGAAAAAAAAACCGUAUUCCCAAACGAUUUUCAUUUAAAAACAAAUUGGCUUUGUCUCAUUGAUCAGACAAAAAGAAACUAGUGUGAAGGGAAGUGCAAACACGUUUAUUUUGUACUGCAGAAAAAUUGCUUUUUUGUAUCACUUUUUGUGUAAUGGUUAGUAAAUGUCAUUUAAGUCCUUUUAUGUAUAAAACUGCCAAAUGCUUACAUGGUAUUUUAUUAGAUGCAGAAACAGAUUGGAAACAGCUAAAUUAUAACCUUUACAUACGGCUCUGUAUCAUUAUUUCUUCAUACUGUGUCUGUAUUUAAUCUUUUUUUAUGGAAACUGUU